GGGGAUCCCUAGGUUCAUUCCCCAGAAAUCCGGUUGAUUCUUCGAGACCUGCGCGCUCAGCCCACGGAGGAUGCUGCGCUGGUCCAUGCGGCCCUACGACGGUACCUACGCCGCCCUCGCGGGCCUUGAGGCUUGGCCAGAGGCUCUGGACCGGCUGACGCGGGCCAGGGCUGCUGGGGUCAACAGGCUCCCUCGCACCCGCGGCGCCGCCGCCGACGCCGCCGCGUCAGGCGCCGACUGGCGCCUGCCGCUGGCGGUGCUCUCCGAUGCUGCAGACACGGCGGGGGCGCCCGCGCCCGCCGCGUUCCGGUGGGUGGGUGCAGGCGCGCGCGUGGCCGCGUGGGCGCGAGGCUGGCACUGGCACGUGGCGCUGCAAAACUACGAGGCGAGUCUGGAGCACCUCCCGGAUCGGGAGCGUGUCUGCAAGCAGCUCAUCCGCGGAUGCAGCCACAAGGAGCAGGGCUGGAGCGAGGUGCUGAAGAUGCUCGACGCCAUGUACGACGCCGAGCUGCGGCCGGACGGGGAGGUCUACGAGGCCUGCGCUUUCGCCUGCGCUGCGGCGAAGGAAUGGGCCUGGGCAGUGCAGCUCUAUGAGGAGCUGCUUUUCAACAACCUGCGGGCCUCGCCCAGUCUGGAGGCCCUGGCGUUGGACGCCCAAGCCAGGCUCACAGGCGACGCGUCGCAGCCUUCGGCUCUGAUGGAGUCGAAGGGGCUGGGCUGAGAAAACCGACGUGCAGCGACCGCUCACUGAGAGGUGGCAGCAUCAUUGCAGGCGGACCUACGAUUCCCAGCGGGUGCCAGAUGGGCACAUGAAAUUGUGACCCUGGAGGAAUGUGACUUCACCCAAGCCGUCGUCUCCAAGAUGCCUUUCUGUGACACCUCUGAAUCCUCCAGAUUGGCGAUGGCUCCUUUCAUUCGAAUGGCCCAGGGAAAUCUGGCAAGCUGAGCCGUGAACUUCCAGCGGAAGGGGAAGAGGAGGCCGCGGCAGCCUGUCUGAUCUGACUCAGCUCGCAUGGAUACGCAUCUCGCCGCCAGCUUCACACCUCACCAGCCCUCGCCUGGCUCCGAU